GCCCACGGUCUCCUCCUCCUCCUCCUCCUCUGAAGAGUGAAGACCCGCCGACCUCUCUCCUCUUUUUCCUACGGCAUCUUGCGGCUCAUAAAGCGAAUUUGGUUUUCUCCUUACUUUCGAUUGCAGUUCUAAUCGAAGGGUUUUGGCUGGAUUUGAUCGAAGAUUGGACUUUCUCGUCACUGUCGAUUGGGAUUCUAAUCGAAGGGUUUUGGUUGGAUUUGGUCAAGCCAUCGCGGAGAUCGCCAACAUCGCUUCCACCCUCGCAUGGAGAUCGCCAUGGCCGCCUCUGCUGCCAUCCCCGCCUUCAGUGUUGCCACCUCCAGGUUUUGGGGGCACGUAUAAGCAACCAUGAGGGGGUCGAAGAUGAUUUGGAAUUAAUAAUCUACGUUUGAGUAUGAUAUAUUUCUAACUUGAUUGCAUGUUUAGUAUUCUGUUUGAAUCUCAAAGGUUUGAACUUUGAAUUCAAUUUCCCUAAAUGUCUGAUAUUUCUGCAAUUUUAUAUGGGUAAUUUGUAACCUGGUUGUUCAAUCAUUUGGAGGUAUAUGCUGGUUGUUUCUUUGAUUUUGUUGGCAAGUUUUUAUUUUUGAGAUUUACUACUUUUUUGGGAUCAAAAUGUUCCUAUUUUCUCAUUUUAAUGUGCAAUUUUUUCUUGCUUUAUUUAUUGUGAGAAGUCGAUGGGUUCUAAUAGUUUAUGUUAGGAGGGGUUGAGGAAUGUUGAGUAUGUCUAGAAGGCAUGGAUUGAGGGCGAGGUUAUGGACACUUCGUCUAUGCUCCUGUAUCGACACAUAUUCAUGUUCGACCAUCCUUGGAGACUCCUUGACUAUGCAUACAUUUAUUCAGAUGUGUACUCAAUUAGAAAACACAUGUUUUAGUUUAAAACAUAUGUCAUGCACUUCUUGGAUGUGUAUAUCUUACACUUCACGUCCACUUCUUGCAACUCGCUUGACUUGGGUCGGUAUCAUUUCAGCCCAUACCCAGUUCAAAAGUAUGAUUUUAAAGCGUUGUCUCGAUAUCUAGUUAAUAUAAAUGUUACUGAAAUUAUUGUUUUCAUAACAUGUAAAUAAAAAACAAAAUCGAUCUCAUUUAAAUUACUAACUAUAAUGUGUAUGUAUAUAGUCAUGACCCCGUAUCCUACCUUUUACAAAAUUUUUGUGUCCCAUAUUCACACCCGCUGUCGUAUUAGCGUCUAUACCUGUGUAACAUAGAUUGAGAGAUAUUUGUUUUUAUUAGUUGAAGUUUAGGAAAUGCACAUAAAAGAAAGCAAGCAUCAAUAACUGCAGCUAGAAGUCGUAAAAUUAUAGAACGGAAUCAAAGAAAUACAACUACAAUUGUGUGAUAGUAGUUGCAUGAACGGACACUUGCAUUGCAAAUACAGUGCACGAACCAAAUGUUUCCAUGAUUGGAGAUCCAGUGGAAUCUAGUGACAUGAUGUGAUGUAGUAGAGAGCUUCAAUUUAGUUAUAAUAAACAAUUGGCCUUUCGAUGAUUUUAAAUGAUAGUGCUUUUAUUUUAUAAUAACUACAAGGUGUUUGGCAAAGUUAUUUAUUGAAUUGAAGAGCGACUUCUGCACUUUGUGUUACCUUUAAAACAACUUGAAGUUCCUAUAUGGAAUAACUAUGGCAAUGUGUUUCUGAGGGUACUUUCUUGGCAUGAAGGAAUUCGUUUAAAGGUUUAACCUUGCAGACUUACUACUGUAGCUAAGUGCAUGAUGGAUCGUUUCUUUUCUUCACCUGCCCACUAUUCUAGAUGUUAUACUGGAACACACAAUGACAGAGUACAAUAUCUACUCCAUUAUAAAGCAUAUGCAGAGCAAAUUGCAAAGCGGCAUUAAUUUUAGAGGAGGAGGACUAUCUGGAUUUAGGAUGAAGAUGAAACUUAGUUCUUUCAAGAAUUGACUCCUUUGAAGAACCAAGCAUGUAUGCUGAUCUGAUCAGCCGAACUGAGUCUAGAAUUCUAGUUUGAAGGUCUUCAAAGUCAAAUGUUCAUAUUAGUUGUGUAGUUCAUAUGCAAGCUCUUUGUUGAUAGUCCCGUGGAAGGAAUUUGUGCAUUAGUAUCAAGAUAACUUGUUGUAGCUUGCAAAGUUUGUUGGGAAUAAGUGAUGGAAAGAGUUGUCCGAGCUCUAUAAUGCACACCACUCAACUUGCUAGGAGUGAAAAAUCUGAACCCGAGGUAACUUAUGCAAACUAAUUAAACGGCUCCCCUUUACCAAAUGCUUAUUAAGUAUAUUUUCAAACUAUAUUUAGUUUCUUUUACUUAACUAGGGUCCAUGCAUUGAAAUACACUGGCUACGGAAUCCUGGCAAUUUCCAUGUCAGCUACCCUUUUUUCUUUUAUAAUGGGCUUUUUCCUGUUUAUCAAUUGUCAAUUAUGUUAGCCUAAGAGUCGUGUUUUGUAAUAACCUACAUAUAGGUUCAAUGCUAAUUCACAGUAUCAUCAUGUUGUUGAUGUGGCCAGUUACAAAUUAAAUCUCAUUGGUGUUUGAUAAGAGCAUCUAAAAAAACAACGGGAUGGUAUACUUCUCUAGUAGGAGAUAUAAUAGGAAUAUGGGCUAGAAAUUAUAAAGCGGUGACUUAUAUAGUAGGAAUAUGGCCUAGAAACUAUAAAGCGGACUUAAGUCUAUAAGUAACUGCAAAUGAAAGUUGAGCAACAGUGCAUGUUGUGCCUUAUAAUUUGCCCAGGAUCAUUCUAACCUAUGUUGCAUGGAUACAGGUACGGGUACGGGAGGUGGUAUGGGUGCGGGUACGAGAUACGACAAAUUUCUAAAAAGUACGGCACGAGGACCUGGCUGUAUAAAUAUUUUUAUACACAUAUUAUAUACUGGAAUUGGUAAUUUAUAUGAGAGCAGGGAUGAGAAUUAAAAGUCCUAUAACAAUUUUAUGUUUCCUUUAUUAUGUGAGUUAUAAAUUGGAAAAUCACUAGUUUUUGAAUUAGAAAUCCAAACAACCAUUCAAAAUCAUAAUUUUAUACCUAAACUAUGUCCAACGAGUUUCAAGAAGUGAGUGUGUAGUGUAGGAUAUGUCCAAAAAAUAUAUGACAAAUAUUUUAAAUUAAAACAUGUAUUGUACAACUGAGUGCAUGCCCCUAUAAAUGUAUGCAUAUAUGAAGGAAUGUCCAAAGAGUUUGGGUACGGGUACGGGUACAUGUCGAGUAUGGGUACGGCUUCAGAUUAGUAGUACCCAAGUAAUAUAGUUUCUAACACAGAAGACAACAGACGACUCUUCUUAAGUUUUAGUUUGAUAGCUUAUCAUAUAUAUCUUUUAGUCACAUAUGAAGAAUUAAUUAAACUGUUACCUUUAAGAAGCGCCUUCUAAAUGGACCCUGUUCACCGCAAAAUGCUAUUAUCUCAUUCAAAUGCUGUAAUGAGUUAACAGAUUCUAUCAGUAUUGAAAAAAAUGUAAAUUCUCCAUAUGUAAUUAUAUGAAAACUAUACUAAUGCCUAGUUGAUAAGUGUACUUCCUCUUAAAGAAGCUCCAUGAUAGCACUGCAUAGCUCGUCACAUUGGAUGCAGAUCACAGUGGGUAGACUAGCAUUUUUUUGGUAUUCUUACUACUACUAGUUUGCGGUCCGUGCAAAGCACGAUAUUUUUUGCUACAGUAAUCCCGCUUUUUUAAAUAUGACAUGUUUUGAAUUUUCGGUAGUGCUACAGUAUCCCGCCCUGCUACAAUAUCUUUUAAACGUUACAGUAUACCCGUGGGCUAUAAUAUUAUUUUUUAAUUAGUUAUUAGCCACAGUAAUAAUGCUACAGUAAAUACUACUGUAGCAUGAACAUUGAAUCUCUGAUCCUCCUAUUUGUAUAAAGGAAUAGAUUAUAUUAUCUAACACUUGAGGAAUUAUACAUGGUAGUAUGAGACAGAAAUGCAAAAGGAGUACAGGAUGUAGGGAUAAGAGCAACAUGGAUUUACCCAAGCUGGAUGGUGAUAAAAUAGAAUUAAGAGUUGUGAGUUGUUGCUGGAAGAAACUGGAAGGGGCAUUAGGAUGUUGUUGGGGGCAUACAUUUGUGUGGCUAUUUUUCUGGAAAUAGAAAUGAAAAUUUGCUUACAGGUUUUGCAAAUAAUGAAAGAAAAAGGAGGGGGAAAAAAAAUCUGGUGGGUUUAUUAUCACAAAGAAUAAUAGGAAAAUAAGUAUCAAGGACCUGCUCUUGAUAACUGUCAAUAUUUUUGAAAACUUUGAAAUGUCUAGGCAAACAUGAGCUGCUUCCAAUGACUCACCAUGUCAAAAAUGAGUUCAUUGACCACUUAAGCAUAAUAACUGGUGACGAGAAUCUGUUAGAUUAAAAUGGAUCAGAUUAGAACUCGACCCAAGUUCAUCUCAGAUAAAACAGCGAGAUUGCGAUUUUGAAUCUUUGGCAAAAAAAUCCUUCCCAAAUCGAUGCUUAAAAAACAGCUGCAUGCCGCUUAGGUGCCUGAGGGCUAUGGUUACUGGCUAUAAGCACCUAGCUCUUUCUAAAACAUUGAAUCCCACUUACAUAAAAGGGCACAGUUUAAAUUGAUUGCUAAAUUUGAAUUAACUGGCCAACUUAAGUGUCUAGUGUUCCACAGUGAACUUUGGUAAACAUUAGCUAUUCACUUUGAAAUUUUACGCAGGUUUCAUGUAUUAAUGUGUAAAUAUGUGGUCUCUCUUUGAUCUUUACUGACAACAUAGAUGGAUUCUCUUCUUGCAUUUUGAACACACCUUUUUGGACAGCUUAAACAUAAUUCUUGAUCAGGUUGUAAGUAUGGAUAUGUUUAUAAGUGGACAUUGAUUAAAGUAAAAAAGUGAGCUUAUUUUUUUCUUUAGCCCCCUAAAGAUCAGAGCUACAUUGACAAUUAUUAUUUUUCAUUAUUUUUUGAGAGAAGUAUCUUCUUGUUACAUAAUGAGGUCACAUGAAAUCAACUUGUGUACCUUAAGGAUUUGUGAACGUUUUGGCACCUGGCUGGGAUAUGUAUAUAACAACUAUUCCUCCUUAGCAGUUGAUCGUCAUGGAUCAACUUAUUAUAGUGCUCUUUAAAUGUCAACAUCAUAGCUUUGGCAUGGCAAACAAACAAACACUUGAAGACUUGCGCGCGCGUACACACAUGAGAAGUGCUGAAUGGACUAAAUGUUAAAUGUGAAGCCCAGUUCAAAUGGCAGCAAGUGUUUGUUUGUAUUUGCACCACGUCUUUUACCUGAUGGAUGCUAUAGCAUUACAUGAAACUCAAAGGAAUCUUUGCCAGGAGAGCAAUACAGUCAUGGAAAAGGAAGCUCAGAGAAGUGAACAGCGACAGAAAUGGAAGAAAGUGGCUUAUGGAGGAAUGCAACCUGGGUACGAUGACAACUACACCGAUGAAUCAUUCCUCGAAGACAUGGUGAUGAAUGCUAAUGUGGUGAAGAGAGAUUUUCUUAGAGUGAUGCUAGAUUCCAUAUCUAUUUCCGAAUAUCUUUGCAUUGUUUCUCUCGUGGUCAUAGUAUGGACCCAUACACUUUCCUCUAUCAUUGAUGCGGCCACUCUCCUAUCACUGGAUGCCAUUCUCCUAUUCUCAGGUUUCGCUAUAAUCUUGCUAACAACAAGCCAACUCUCCGUCCAACUUCUCUCUCAUUAUCUUCUUAAAGUCUCAUUCUUCAUCAGCGGAUUGUACAUCUUAGCCCCAAUUUAUCAUACUCUCACUAGGUCCAUCAGUUCAGAUUCCAUUUGGGCUUUGUCCGCAUCAAUUCUAAUAGUGCACCUCUUUUUGCAUGAUUAUUCUGGCUGCACUAUAAGACCACCAGGAUCUCAGAACAACCCAACCCUGGUCAGUAAUAUCUCUUUGAAUGCUUCAAUAGUAUGCUCAGUUCUUGUGGCCUCUCGCCUCCCAUCAAGGCUUCAAGUGUUUGGAGUAAUGCUGUUCUCUCUUGAGAUAUUUCUUUUUGCACCACUUGUUGCAUUUUGUAUUAGGCAGUAUUCUUUUAAGCUGCAUCUGUGCUUUUCAUUCAUGAUUAUGGGCGUGACGUUGGGUGUUGUAUACACAAUGCAUCGCUUGCUUUUUAUACUCUUGUUGGGUCUUCUGAUUUUUGUUUCUGUCGUUUGCCCUUACUGGCUUAUAAGGAUACAAGAAUACAAGUUUGAGAUAAAUGGUCCUUGGGAUGAAGCUAAGCUUUGUUUUGAUAUAACAGAGUAAAGCAUCCCCCCCCCUCCAAACCAAAUGUGUUUAUAAUUAUGAGAGAUAAAGCUGGCCCCUGUACUUAUAUGAUCACUUGAUGGCGUUCGAACUUUUGUACUUGUGCAGCAUUUUGGUUCAUUUAUAUCAAAGAUUUUUUGAGCAUUUAUUUUUCCUAUAUCUAAACUCCCUCCUAUUUGUGAUAUGCCUCUCUUCGACUUGUUUCUCUUGCAUCCAGACUAUACGAAGUAGAUGAUUAUCUUUGGUGAGCUUCCACCAAAACGAUCAUGCCAGUUGGAUGCUAUUAGCUUCAUUGUUCACAUUUGCCAGGUUUUUCUCCCAAAAACGUCCUCUAUUUAGAAACUCCUUUUGGCAAUAUAUUUCUUUUGAGUUUUGACUUGUAUUAGUAAGGCUCUGCUUGUGUGGGUUUAGCGGCUGUGGUUUCUCCUCAACUUUAUGGCGUUACGCCAAGUAUUUUGCAUGUUUAUCUUGAUUUGUGUUUCUCUGUAAUUAAACCUAUACACAAAUGCAACAACUAUUUAUUUUGAAUCCUUUUCGUUUAUUGUUUAUUUUUUGUUCGAUCAGUAAAACCCAGCGGGCUAAAUUUCUUGUAAACCUCAAAUAUUGUCUGUACUGUAUUUUGAAGCUAGCUGACGGCCAUAUACUUCAAUAAUCUC